AUGCAGAAGGUCGAAGAUUUCCACCUGGACCGGGGCGAGCAGGCCAAGGAGCAGGUGUAUUUCAAGAGCAUCCUUAGAGCGUUCGAUGGCUACCUGCCUUUCUCGCUCUCGCAGAACAAUGCCCGACGAAAGUCGUACUACAGCCUGCCGAGAGCGCAUCAGCAGCUGCUCACACAUCUUGGGUCGCCCCUUCCCCUCCCGCAACUUGACGGUGGUGGAGGCGAGGAAGAAGCCGGCAACCGCGCUGACGGGGUGCCGGGCAGGCCAGAGGCAUUCCAAGGCUUGCGUGGCGUGAAAGCGCGGCUGGAAGAGAUCGACGACCGGAUACGCCGGAACGCAGAUGUGCUGCAUCUCAUCGUGCAGGAUGCACGUGACUUCAUGGGCGAUGAAGAUGGAGACGCCUCGGGCGCACAUCUGCACUUGCGCACACAUCCGAAUACGCACGCAAACGGCCCGCCUCCGAAGUCGGUGUCGGGGGGCACGCGACGCAAGCGCAAGCGCAUACCGGCACAGGACCUGGAUAAGGUCCGCAGUACGCUCAAGCAAUUUGUCCGUGAUUGGAGCGAAUGCGGGCGCGCUGAGCGCGACGCGGCGUACCAGCCGAUCCUCGAUGCGCUCGAGCGGUACCUUCCGCAGCUUUACGCCCGGCUUCCGCAGGCAGGGCGUCCACUGGAGGACACACAGCAGCGGCAGGUGCACGCCGAUUUGCGCGUCCUCGUCCCCGGCGCUGGUCUCGGUCGCCUGGCAUUCGAGAUCGCAAAGCGCGGCUUCUCAUGCCAGGGCAACGAAUUCAGCUUCUUCAUGCUCGUCGCAUCGCAUUUCAUCCUGAACAACACCAGCCGCGUCAACGAGCACACCCUCUACCCAUACAUCCAUUCGGCGUCCAACUGGCGCACGGCGCGCGACAUGCUUGCGCCUAUCUACAUCCCCGAUGUCCUGCCCAACACGCUGCCGUCCCAGGUCGACUUUAGCAUGGUGGCUGGUGAGUUCGUAGAGGUGUAUUCAAAGAGCGAAGAGCGCGGCGCCUGGGACGCCGUCGCGACAUGCUACUUUAUCGACACGGCGCGCAACAUCAUGCGAUACCUUGAGACGCUCAACCAUAUCCUACCGCUUGGCGGCCUGUGGGUCAACGUCGGGCCUCUGCUGUGGCACUACGAAAACGGCGGCGACCUCAGCAUCGAACUGACGCUCGAGGAGGUGCUGGGCCUCCUGCCCAAGAUGGGGUUCGAGGUCGUCGAAAGGCGCAGCUUGCCGCCGCAGAUGUACACGGGCAACGCAGCAGGUAUGCUCACGUACGAGUACCAUCCAGAAUUCUGGAUCGCCAGAAAGGUGAUGAAUGUCGAACCGAGCGGCUCAGUGUAG